AUGGAAAGCAACACAAGAAGGCCAGAAAGAGCAAGCAAGAUCCAACCUGAGCUAGAUAAGCUCUCAAGUCCAAAAGGCCUCAAGUCUUCUACCCCGGGAGUCGAGGGAGAUGUCAUCGAUCAACUAUCUCGUGCAAGCCUCGAACCCAUCAGCCUCAUCAGCCCCGUCAAGAGUACCCCGAAGAACAGGAAGCCGAAGGGAAAUGAACAUGUUUUGACUGCCGAGGAUAACUUGAAUGGACACCUUAAUAAAGGUCCUGGCAAGCGCCAUGGACACAAGGCUGCUGGCUGGACUGCGGUGAACAAGAGCCGUGUUGCUGCUCCUGAGGGAUCUUGCCAUGAGCACGGAGGUCCUGGAGAAGCUUCAGACGGAGACCCUGAUGAUCUCGGAGUUGAGUGA